AUGGAAAAUCGUGAAAGUGGUAUUCGAAAUAUUUUGAAGUCCCAUCGCUUGAACGAUGCCACCUUUUCAAUUUUAAAAUUUAUUGUCACAGCAGGUGUCCAUCCCCAGUACGCCAUACUUGAUCAGUACAAUUCGUACAAGAUCGGAAAUGAACUUUUUGCUCACACACGAAGAAAACCAUUUGCUGUCUUACAUCCGAAUAGUUGCUUGGCACUUUUGCCAGAGGCUUUGGAUUAUGAUCGCAGUGAAAAGGGUUUGUCGAAUUAUCACCAACUGAUUUCGUUUGCAUCAUUUAUAGAAACUACGAAGCCGUAUAUUUGCAACAGUUUACGUGUACCAGCGCUAGCUUUACUGUUACUUUCAAAAUCGGUAAUAUGUUCGGAAGAUGACUAUUCAAUUGUCUGUGAUGAUUUUAUUAGCUAUAAAUUUCCACGAGCCAUGGAUUUCUUCACCAUUGUGGAGCAAGCAACUGCAAUUCGUCGACAACUUGCCAGAGCGCUUAACAGAAGUCUUGAAGGAGAUCUUUCCGAUAGUCAUGCACUUGCUAAAAGUGUUUUGUCAUUCUUACGAUCAAACGUGGAAUAUAUUCUAACUCGUCGUGCUUGUCCGGAUGAUAAUAGAGAACUGGGCUUCGUACUUCCAUCAGGGGAAAAGCUGAGCGAGAAAGGUGAUGAAGAAACACUAACAUCAAUACGACUUUACGAAGCCCAAAGCGAUUCGAAGCUGGAGGACGAACUUGCUAUCAACAGAACUGCCGAAAAGAAACCAAGCAUUGAAUAUUUUUGUGAUGUUUGCCAAAAGACUCUUUUGUUUACUACAGCUUUUGAUAUUCUUAGACAUCAACGAUCUCAUUAA